AUACAAGGUUAGAAAUUUUUGAACUUAUGUAACUGAAGUGAUAGCGUCCACUCAGUCAGUAACUGCCGAAGAGUUGGUGCCGCGCUCGUGUCUUUGCCGUCAAGCUCUUGUGUGUUCUGUGCUGCUCUUCGUCCGGGAACACUCGAGAAGAUACUGGACAGCGACCGUGGAACGUAUGAGCUACAGGAAGGUAACCUCGAAGAAGAAAAACCGGACUCGGAACAAGUUGAUAGCCCUCUCAUUCGGUUUACCGAGAAGUUUAUUUCUGGACCAUGCUCAAUGAAAGCUUAG